CUUUGAGAAAUGUCCCGUGUAUGUUUUUCCCAAUAUAUCUAAAUAGAUCCUAUGUUUUGGAUGCUGUAUGAUCCGAUCUCGUGUUGCAAGAUCUCAUACCGCCCCAUGUGUUUAUGUUGCAAUUACGUUGAACUAGUUUUCCUUAGCCGUUACAACUAAUUUAAACCAGCCAUGCCUUCAAUUGUUAAAUCAAUUUGCAUCAAUGGCUAUGCAGCAGUACAAAUCAGAAGAAUGCAACAUUAAUUGCCGGUGAAUUUCAUAUCAUACAUGUCCAUAGACAGACGACGUAUGUAAGUAUGUCGCCAGCAUAUUGUAGAUGUUUCCACAUUGGAAUCGUAGCUUUAGCUUUAGCAAUUGUGGACUAUCUUGCUCAUGAUGAUUCUAGAGAGAACACACGACAAGUAACCGGCAUCAACUACAUAAUUGGCGGAGAAGUUAAUGUUGUAACUAUGAGUGUGACGCGGCUGAUGGCAACCAAACAAAUCUAAACCAACCAGUAGACCGAGCGUGCGACCGACCGACCGACCAAACACAAUAAGUAUACAAAGUAAAGUAUGGCAAUUUUUGUUGUUGUUGUUGUUUUUUGUAUUUUAUAUACAACACUACGACCUUGCAAUGCCCUUGAAUGACACUGUUGUGUGCGCAGAGCACAAAGCAGCGCAAAAUAAUACCCAAAUACAGAGCAGCAGAACCGAGGGAGAAGAAACACAAAAAUACAGCCAACAAAAUUUGUGAACAUAACACACAGCCAGCCAGCCAGUGAGCCGAACAGAAACAGAACAGAAGAAAAAAAAAAUAAAACGCUCUGUCGUUUCUAUAGAACAGACAAACGGAGUACUGCUCAGCGGAAUUCUAAAUACGGGACACUGGUGUAAAAGCCAUUUGUAUGGCGGGCGGCUAUCAGACUUGUACGGACGUACGGCCAAAAAAAUAACAAAACAGCAAUACAGCAGCGGUGGAUGACAAUAUUACAAAAUAAAUAAAUGAUACAAAAAUAAAUAACAAAAUUAAGAAAAAUAAUAAAAAAAACAAAAAUAAAAAUUUAAAAAUCAAGAGCAAUAAAUACAACAAAUAUUCAUAAAACAUAAUUACAACAAAAUAGAAAGAAAAAAACCAUAAAUAAAAUAAAAAGUGUUUUGUAAAAAAGAAAAAUUCAAUUCAAAAUCUUUAAGAAUUUUUUUUUUUUUGUUCCAGUCAAUUCCAAAAAUAAGUGGAAAUUUUUGUUUCAAAAACAUCUGUCCAACUGUCUGUCUAAAACAAAAAAGAAAACUGUGUGAAAAUAAUCGAAAGCAGUUUUUUUUUUUUCAAAAAAUUCAAGUCUUCAAGUUUUUGCAAAUUAAAGAGCCGAUUUCAAAAUUUUCUGUUCAAAUACAACAAAAUAGAAAUUUCACGAACCCUUGGAGCAAAUCACAAGAAAUCGUAUUUCUAGUUGCCUUUUGACUUCCAGUGCGCAAAAAUUUGCCCUUUAAAAAGCCCUUCGAAGCAAACAGCAAGAAAUCCCCGAAACCCCCUCCGUAAGAAAAAGUUACAGGACUACUAAUACAGCAGCUGUAGUUCUGGCAGCAAAAGUUGAAUGACAUUGUGAGGAAGAAAAGGCAUACACGUUCAAAUUUUAACUCCACGCUCCCUCAACAUUGUCCGUGUCGUUCGGCUGGCUCUUCUCUCAAUUGAUGUGCCUCCGCAAACACCCACUCUUUGGUACAUUUUAGGAUACCGGUGGCUGUUUGAUAGUUUUUGUUGCUGUUGGUUUAAUACCAAGCGCGUGUGUUAAUAACGUCCUCAGCGACAGAGACAAAACCGAGAUAGCUCCCGACAGAAAAAUCUAUCAAAAUAAUCACAAGAAAAAUAUAUAUCAACAAAUCAUAGCAGAUCUUUGUCUGCAAAUGCAUGUUUGCGUGCGUGUGUUUGAGAGAAAGUGUGUGGAAUAAGGACCCUUUGAAAGUGUGUCACACGCGCUAAACAUAAACCCAAAGGAUAUACAAGGGUGAGAGUGAGGGUUAUCACACACUCACACUGAGCAAUAAGCAGCCACUAAAAGAGAGCACAAAAUCACCCUCCCAGCCAGGCGAAAUUUAAAGGAGACUAGACCCAAAGUCAAAUAAACAAAGAGCGCGAGAGAGAGUGAGAGGCAGAGAGAAACAACAACAGUUGCAAACAUAGCCAAAAAAUUCGGCAAAACGAAAUCGCUAAAAGUUUGACGUAAAUGAACGGUCCAGGCGAUUUGCCCUUACAACACUACAGUGGAACGCCCGACGCCAAUAAUUGCAGUCUCAUUUCGAUAAUACCCACACUAGGCAUGUCAUCAUGUAGAGGUCGGGCCGAGGCAUUUGCACGCCGUUUAUCAUCAAAGUUGCGCACGUUAGGCUCACAGGCUGACGAUAGCGAAAACUCUGGUGAUGAACAACCCAUAGUCGUCAAUGGAGAACCCAAAAAUACUUGGGUCUCCGGCCAUGAUGGUGGCCAAACUGUGACAGAUCUACAACCCUUGCGGCAUGAAUCCGAUUCCUUUUUUGAUUUCGAUUGUGAACUGGAAAGUCCUGGCAGUCCCGUGGAUGAAUGUGAAUAUUUAAGAUUAAUAGAAUCUACUUCAAAUACACCCCACAAUUCGGCAGCAGAAUCGGGAUAUGCCUGUGCCUCUGCCGCCAGUUCUCACAGUUCCUCAGAUGGUCCCUAUUUUGAUGUCAAUUCGGAGAGCGAUCCAAGUCAACAGCAAAAGUCGCAUCUCUGUCAGCCACACCACAAGGAAGAUUGCGAUGAGGUGGACUUUCCCAGAGGCAUGCAAGUGAAUGAAGAUGAGCAACCAUUGCCGGUUUGUAAUGGUCAUGCCUGUGUACUCUUUAACAAGCCCUUGAAAAUUCCAACGGUCAAUAAUGAGGGCGACAAAACACAGCCCACCUACAAGGAUGUGAAAAAGCCACUGCCUAGUGAAGGUCCUGACAUUGAAAGUGCAAAUCAGCCCAAAAACGGCGACAAACAUCUGCAAGAUGAAAUCCUCAAAGAACUACAACAACAAUCACAGAAUGUUACACAGCAGGAAAGGGAAGAGAGUGCCACAACCGAAUCCUCGGCAGAGAUUUCGGAAACGACUGAGACGAAACCCGAAAAUGAAGAGACUGCUGUGGAACACACCAUUGUUAAUGGCCAUGCCGAGAAUGGCGAAGAGGUUUUGAAAAUCGAAGUUUGUGAACUGCAAAAAUCACCAGAAGAAACCAAAGAGGAAGACACGCAGACCGGCGUAGUGGCAUGUGCGGAAAAUUCCGAGAAACCAAAUGAAGCGAAAGACAGCAACGAUGUAAAGAAACAACUUUUGAAUACCUCACAUUUGGACACCACAGACGAUGAGGAUGAAAGUCGACCUCAGCGGGUAAAACGUUGCUCAUCUCUGAAAACGGGCAAGACUCCACCCGGCACACCAGGUCGCAAAAAGAUUGUACGCUUUGCCGAUGUUUUGGGCCUUGAUUUGGCCGAUGUUAAAACGUUCCUCAAUGAAAUACCCACCAUACCAAAGUCCGCCUUUGAGGAUUUGGAAAUCCUCGACAAUGAGCCACCCAUUCAAUUGGGCCCCAAAACCGACAAAAUCCUGAUGCCUCUGUUCCAGCAGCCGGGCGGCCUACCCAAUUUCCUUGACAUUGUCAAAGACAAGCAGGUCUCGCUGGAGAAUGCCGCCGUCACCGACAACAUCAAUCACACCAUUACGGGCAGUGUGCGCGUCCGCAAUUUGGACUUUCAUAAAUCUGUGCACAUACGCUAUACCCUGGAUAGUUGGCGUAGCUAUGCUGAUCUACAGGCAAACUAUGUAGAGAACACCUGCGAUGGCUUUUCGGACAAGUUUUCGUUUGUGCUCUUCGGCAAUUCGUUGCAUGUGGGACAACGUUUGGAAUUCGCCGUGCGGUUCCAGUGUAAGGGUCAACAGUAUUGGGAUAAUAAUUAUGGUGCGAAUUACUGUUUCCAAUGUUUGCCAACGGCAGCGCCGACAAUUACACCACCGGUAAUGCCCUCACAUCACACAAACAACAAUAAUUUGGUCGGGAUACUAAGUCCAACGGCCGGAGAUGCCUGGUGCACUUCGUUCUAUUGAAGAGAAGAUAAGCGAAACAAAGCAAAGAAUUAGGAUGGUACACAGAAAACGGUGUAAAAUGUUGCACUAUGCCAACACAUGUUGAACGAAAGGAAAGGUAGAAAGAGCAAGCAAGGGGAAGGUAAAUAAUUCAUGGAAAUUAGCGUUUGUCCAUAAGUCGAGAACCAAAAAAAAAAAGAAAAAACAAUGUGAAAAGAAGGAAAAGGUUAAAGGUUACACAAAUUACUUGAAGGUCAGGGGUAAUAAUAUAUUGUUUAAAUUUGAGAAUUAUGUAAAGAUUUCAGCAUUGGAAAAGUUUGAAUUUGUUACUGAUGUAAAAGAAAGUGAUAGGAUUAAUGGUCACAACUUUCAAUAGGUCUAUCUGACUACUUUUUCUGCAAGAAUUAUCCAGCAUCUUCUUUCUGAAAGAGAAAGGAAGUUUUAUUCCCUUUUGUAAAAAAAGUAAAAUGUUAACCGACAACUGUUAACCGUAUAGCAAUAUCUCAGUGAAAAAAAACCCUUUCAAAAUGUCUCUCUCUUUCGAAUCGCUUUCUUUUGUAGAACGUUUUUUUUAACAGACGACUUCAAGUAACAAUUUGCAAUAAUUGUUAUACAUUUUUGGAUAACCAGAUAGACCUAAUGUUUUUGAAUAAGUGCGACCUUCAAAAGAUGAGAAUACAUAAAGGUGAGAACACAUAAAACGCAUUUUUCACUGACUUAAGUAAUCGGCUGGUUUUUUUGUAAAAGAAAGAAAGGAGCGUAGGGUGAACAAGUAUAAAUUAUGGAACUAAGUCAACCUAAAACUCCUUUACUCUUUUACGAAAAAAUAAGCCAAAAGCUAAAGUCAGUAAAAAAACCUUCUAUGUAUCUGCAUCUUAAGGAGAAUUUUUUCAAGCAUAGGUCAUAGGCUGGUUUCUUCGUAACCCUUUUUUUG